ACCGAGGAGUUGCUGGACGCGGGGCAGGAGGGCCUGGCGCGGGAGCUGGAGGAGUUGCGCUCCGAGAACGACUAUCUCAAGGAUGAGAUCGAGGAGCUGCGUGCAGAGAUGCUGGAGAUGAGAGACGUCUACAUGGAGGAGGAUGUCUACCAGCUGCAAGAGCUCCGGCAGCAACUGGACCAGGCCAGCAAGACCUGUCGCAUCCUGCAGUACCGGCUGCGCAAAGCGGAGCGCCGCAGCCUGCGCGUGGCACAGACUGGGCAGGUGGACGGCGAGCUCAUCCACAGCCUGGAGCAAGACGUCAAGGUGGCCAAGGACGUCUCUGUGCGGCUCCACAACGAGCUGGAGGUGGUGGAGAAGAAGAGGAUCAAGCUGGAGGAGGAGAAUGAAGACCUGCGCCAGAGGCUGAUCGAGACAGAGCUGGCCAAGCAGGUGCUGCAGAACGAGAUGGACAAACUGCGUGAGAAUUCGUUGAAGAAAAGGGGAUCUCGUUCUGUGGGGAAGACUGAAAAGAAGCCUUCAGUCCAGGAGGACAGCGCAGACCUAAAGUGUCAGCUGCAUUUUGCGAAAGAGGAGUCCGCUCUGAUGUGCAAGAAACUAACGAAGUUAGCCAAGGAGAACGACAGCAUGAAGGAGGAGCUGGUGAAAUACCGCUCCUUGUACGGGGACUUGGAGAGCUCUUUGUCCAUAGAGGAGCUGGCGGACUCCCCUCAUUCGCGAGAGGCAGAACUGAAGGCCCAUCUGAAGCUCGUUGAGGAAGAAGCCAACAUCCUGAGUCGGAGGAUCGUGGAGCUCGAGGUUGAAAACCGUGGGCUGAGGGCAGAGAUGGAUGACAUGAAGGGACAAGGUGACAGAGAGCUGAUGGGGCAGGACAUUCGGUUUGCUUUCUCCUCCACCAGCUGUGGGGACUCUGGGGAGAGCCAGGUGGAGCUGAGGCGACACCUGCAGUUCGUGGAAGAGGAGGCAGAGCUACUGAGGAGGUCGCUGAUGGAGCUGGAAGACCAAAACAAGCUCCUCAUGAAUGAGCUGAACAAGUACAAGUCGGACCACGACCUGGACAUUACCCUGUCGGAGGACAGCUGCUCGGUGAUCAGCGAGCCGUCCCAAGAGGAGCUGGCCACGGCCAAGGUGCAGAUCAGCGAGCUCAGCGGCAAGGUGAAGAAGCUGCAGUACGAGAACCGCGUGCUGCUCUCUAACCUUCAGCGCUGCGACCUGGCCUCCUGCCAGACCACGAGGCCGAUGAUGGAGACCGACGCUGAGGCUGGCGAUUCUGCAGACUGCAUCCCGACCCCUCUCUGGAGAGAGUCUCAGGACAACAGCCCCACCCGGCUGUUCAGAUCCAAGGACUUGGAGACUCUGCUUGGCAUCCGGGACCAGGCCGCACUUGUUAGCAAAGCCAUCAACGUCUUGAUUUCGGACUCCAAUGGCUUCACCUCCAGCCUGAAGGUGUGUCUGGACAAUGACUGCAUGGACCUGGUGCUGAGCGAGCCGGUGGAUAACAACAGUGAAAGCCCCAGUGACUCCAAGCUGAUCAACAUGAUCUUUGUGAGGCUCCGUGUCCUGCAGCAGGAGCUGAGCUCCUUCAUGAGGAAGGUGGAUCACAUUGGGGACUGUUGGAAAGAGCAGAUGGACCCUUUCUCCUUCCUGCCCAGCUGCGGUCCCCAGGACUCUCCCAAAGGAGCACUGCGCAAAGAGCACAGCUCCGACUUCCAGCAGCCAGACUUUAGGGACGGCCCGGACUGGGACACCGCGGGGAGCCGGCCCCCUGACCUGUACCGCAGCAACAACACCAUGGACGUGGACUCCAAUGUGAAACUCCCCAGGAACUACAAGCCCUACCGAUCUGACGAGAACGACUCCUAUGUCACCGAGAUCAAGGAGCUGCAGCUGGUGCUGGCUGAAGCCAACGAGAGCCUGCGGGGCCUGCAGGAGCAGCUCACCCAGGAGAGGCAGCUGAGGAAGGAGGAGCUGGAGAACUUCUCCCAGAAGAUCUGCCAGCUGCGGGAAGACCAGCAGAAGGCUCUCCUGAGGCGGGAGUUUGAGCUGCAGAGCCUGAGCCUCCAGAGGCGGCUGGAGCAGAAGUUCUGGAGCCAGGAGAAGAACCUCCUGGUGCAGGAAUCCCAGCAGUUCAAGCAGAAUUUCCUGCUUCUCUUCAUGAAGCUCAAGUGGUUCCUCAAACGCUGGAGACAGGGGAAGAUCCUUCACAGUGAGGGCGAUGGCUUCUUGGAGGUGAACAGCAUGAAAGAGCUGUACCUGCUGAUCGAGGAGGAGGAACUCACCCCACAGCAGCAGGCCGAUAACAAGACGUGUGCCGGAGACACCUGGACCCAGAACACGCCCAAUGAGUACGUCAAGACCCUGGCAGACAUGAAGGUGAUCCUGAAGGAGCUGUGCACGGAGCUGCGCGAGGAGAGGCGGGGCAUGAAUGAGCUGCAGCAGCAAUUUGCCAAGGCCAAGGCUGCCUGGGAGGUAGAGCGGACUGAGCUCAAGUGCCACAUCGCCCAGCUGGAGUCAAAGGUUGGGAAAGGGGUCCCGGAGCGAGCCCCGUCGGACUGGAAAGUGGCUCUGAAGAGGGAGCGAGAGGAACACCAGCACCUCCUGGCCGAGUCCUACAGCGCGGUCAUGGACCUCACCAAGCAGCUGCAGAUCAGUGAGAAGAACUGGAACCAGGAGAAGCUGGAGCUGCUGGACAGGUUCAAAGACGAGCAGCAGCAGGCAGAGCAACAAGUGAAAGAGCUGCAGAACAAAAUCAACCAGCUGCAGAAAGGAGCCGACCGGUGGGCCGUGGAGAAGCAGGGCAGCAACUGGAAAGAGACGCUCAACGAAAAGAUCACCGACAAAGAGACCGUUUCUGAAACAGACCCCAAGGGAGCCAGUUUAAAAAGGACGAAGUCCGUUUCCUCGAUGUCUGAGUUCGAAAGCUUGCUCGACUGUUCUCCCUACCUUCCAGGCAAGACCAGCCCUGUGAUCCCUGACCACGCACGAGGCAAGGUGUCCCCAGCCACACAGCUACUGCCUAAUGGCAUAACAGACCCUGCAGGAGUCCACCCCAAGAACUGUACAUAUGUGACUACAGAGCAACCUGCCCCUGAGAGCCUGGCAAAAGAGAAGCCGGGCAUUUCCUCAUGGGAUUAUUCCCGGGCAAACAACCUCUCUGGGCAGGAUCCAGCCCAGAAGCAAAUGCAGAGGAGCUACACGGCACCAGACAAGACCGGGAUCCGCAUCUAUUACAGCCCUCCGGUGGUGCGAAGACUGGAGGCGCCGCUAAUCCACAACAAGGAGGGGAAGAUCAUGACUGAGCCGGGCUUCCUGUUCACAAUGGCCAAGCCGACAGAGCUGGAGGAAUCCGACCGCUCGGAGAACACAUACAGCAGGUGGCUGUGCAACUUCUCCAAGCAGCACCGCGAGCUGCUGGACAGCCGCAGUGCUGACAAGGCUGGGCCCUCCAGCCCCAGGUUCCCAGCCUCCCUGCACGAUUUUGAGAUUUCCGGCAACAUGAGCGACGACAUGAAAGAGAUCACCAACUGCGUGCGGCAGGCCAUCCGCUCCAGCUCGCUGGAGAGGAAGGUGAAGAGCACCUCCAGUCAGACCACGGGUCUGACAACCGUCGGCACCCAGACCAUUCAGAUGGUGAGUGUCGGCCUGCAGACAGACACGCCCCGGGGAAACCUCCACAGCAAGAGCUGGUCCCCACGCAGCUCCUCCCUCAUGUCUGUGCGUAGCAAACAGAUUUCUUCGUCUCUGGACAAAGUCCACUCCAGGAUCGAACGGCCCUGUUGUUCUCCCAAGUAUGGCUCCCCGAAGCUCCAGAGACGGUCUUCCUCCAAGCUCGACAAUUCGAAGGACAGAAGCCUGUGGAACCUUCAUCAGAGUAAGCAAAAUGGGUCGGCCUGGGCUAGGUCGACCACAACCAGAGACAGCCCAGUCCUCAGUAACAUCAACGAUGGCCUGUCCAGCUUGUUCAAUGUUGUGGAGCAUUCUGGGAGUACAGAGUCCAUCUGGAAACCAGGCUGUCCAGAGAGCAAAGCCAAGCCAGAAGCCCCGAAAUAUGGCAUCGUGCAAGAGUUCUUCAGGAACGUGUGCGGGAGGGCUCAGAGCCCCACUUCUGCCCUGGAGAAGAAAGAAUCACCGGGAGAUGAUGGCACCAAAAAGCAGGAUCACUCCCAGCCAGCCACCUGCCAUCCAUCUGAAAAUGUCUCCCGGAGCUUAAACAAGAAACUCCCAAAGCAAAGCAGCAGCGAGGAGCCCAAGGCGUCUUCCCCAAACCAGGGGAGCAAAGAUGGGGCCCCAAGGGACCUGGACAUCACAUCUGUGAUAGCCAAUGAGGACACAGCAUGCGACUGCAGCUCCCAGUCCCUCACCUCCUGCUUCGCCCGGCCCUCCCGCUCAGCUGUCCGGCACUCCCCUUCCAAGUGCAAGCUGCAUCCCUCUGACCCCAGCCGGGCGGAGGAGAAGGCAGGGCCUCUGAGUGAGUGAGUGAGGGCAGCGG